AUGUUUUUCACAGUUGUGUCAACUAUUCGAGGAGUUUCGGCAUUCGCCAAACAAGCAUCCGUUAGAGCGAUACACACGACUUUAUGCACCAUGGCUCCAAUUAAGGUUGGCGACAAAUUACCGGCUGUAGAUUUGUUCGAAGAUUCUCCAGCUAACAAAGUGAAUAUUUGCGAUUUGACCGCUGGGAAGAAGGUAGUGUUGUUUGCUGUACCCGGCGCCUUUACUCCUGGCUGCUCCAAGACACACCUGCCAGGAUACGUUCAGAGUGCUGAUAAGAUGAAGUCUGAAGGAGUCGCCGAAAUUGUUUGUGUGUCUGUAAAUGAUCCUUAUGUGAUGGCGGCUUGGGGAGCCCAACACAAUACUAAAGGAAAGGUUCGCAUGCUUGCUGAUCCCAGUGGCAAUUUUGUCAAGGCUUUAGAUCUUGGUGUUAAUCUUCCACCACUUGGAGGACUACGUUCAAAAAGAUUUUCCAUGGUUAUCAAUGAUAGCACUGUUGAGGAAUUGAAUGUAGAACCUGAUGGAACAGGUCUUUCUUGCUCCCUUGCAGACAAAAUAAAAUUGAAGAAU